AUGAAUCCGUCGAAAUUUGGUAUGAACGGAAGUGCCGUUCGUACCAAACUUAUUGUAGUAGACGGAACAAGACCACAUCUCAUUGCAUGAUCACUAUAGAAUCGAACGAUACGUUUGUUCCAGAGGUGACGAUGUACAACGAUCGAUCGAGCUGCUGGACAAAGUGCUCUCAGAGUACGACGAGCACGAAGCAGAGGGCGAAGGUGGUGGAGGCGUCGGCGUUGGCGUCGGCGUCGGUAGUGGCGGACAUCAAUCCGAGGACGACGGAUACAUGAGUAUGAAUGGACGAAAAGCAAAAAUGGCCGUGGUAGCACUGCGCCCAGUUCCCGACUGUCCAGAGCCACAGGAUCUCGCGGAAAUAUCUGCGCAAGAAUUCCCACCACCGCCCGAAGAAGCCGAACGAAUCAUUUCUACUUUGUUGCCUAUAGUGUCACCUGGAAAUUCUUCGAAGAGAAACGGCCAUUCCUCUUCUCGUCGGAGCGGUCGCCAACAGUGGAUGAUAGCCAUGGAGGACAGUAUACGACACGGAAACGGUAGUACAGUUACUACUCAAACGACCCUUCCGAAAACUCGACACCAGAGGCCGUACGGAUGGGAAAAUGGAAACGGCGAACCACUGAAACUGAGACAACAACCUCAGAGCCCACCGAGCAAAUUCGCCAGCUUGCCGUACGAUGGCAAGGUAUCGUUCGGCUGGAUCCCGCCGCGAACCAAUCCGACCACCAUCGAGAAACACCGCGAACAACGCCAGAGCAACGAGAUCAUGAAGUCGAGCAGCGUGGAAGAUCGCCUGCUAAUGAAUCACGAGCAAUGCGAGCAGAACGGCCGAAGGAGAAACGAUUCGGACUCGAGCGAGGGCAGAUUCUCGAGAAAUUCCGAGUCCGAGCGAUCCUCGAUCCCACGGUCAAGCUCCGUCAGCGUCGAGAGAUUCUCCAUGCGAGCCACUUGCGGCUCGUCCGAUUUCUCCAGGGCCAACUCCACCUCGAACGAACGAUUCCAUUCGGACUUUUCGAUAGCGGCGGUGGCCAGCGCCAGUUCCAACGAUCGGGUCUCCGUGCCGACGUCCGAGCCCUUCUCCAUACGAAACCUCGACUUUGUCUCGUUCUCUUUGCCGACCAGGACAGACUCGAACGAGAGGUUCUCGGCUCCGACGUCCGACCGGUGUGGCUCGGAGGAACGUUACUCGGACAUGUUCUCCACGAGGAAUUCCGACUUCUCCACCAGGAAUUCCACGGACUUUAGGACCCAGUCCGAGGAGGAAAGAUUCUCCGACGAUUCGCUGGAGGAGCUACUGCCCCCUCCGCCGCCGAUCAGCAAGAGGCAUUCCAUCGCUUGGGAAGUGCCUCUGGAGGAUGAUCCGCUUUACGCUCCGGGAAGUACCAAGGUGAUCGGUAGGAGACGACGUAAAAGCAGCGACGUGUCCAGUGUUGGAUCAGCGUCCAAACUGCGCGACUUCGACGACUGGCAAGAUCCCCGGUUAUCGACCACCGACGACGAUCUAGUCUCUCCGUACUCGGACUCGUCGACCAACGAGCUCGAUCAGAUACGACCUCAAGAACUGACCAAGAACGGCACCUACGUGAUACGUCGCGGUCGAAAGAAGGAACGGAAAAGCCUGCCGAAAGCCCCGACAAAAACCAAAAGUUUGUCUUUCGAGAACUCGAGCGAGGAGAAUCGGUUCUCCGACGUGAAGCGAUACUCGAGCACCUUCGACAAUAUCAGAAGUCUUCUCAGAGAGAACAAACUGGACGAGCCGAUGGACGAUCCACGGACGAUGGCAUUUCCGCCGCCGCUGCCGCCACCGCCGCCACCGCCGCUGCUGCUGCUGCCGCCGCCGCCGCCGUCGUCGUCGUCGUCGUCGUCGAUUCCACCCGACUUGGUCAGGGUUGUCUCUCUUCCGGCGAUCAACGACGAGGCAGGCAACUGGCCGCGAGAAUUAGAGGUGACGGUCGAAGAGGAGGAAAGCUCCGACCUCUCGGACAAGGACAAGAAAACUCGAGAGAUGUUCGAGCUGCUGCAAUUCAGUGUCAAGUCAGUGUCGUCUGCCAACGUCGCCAACAAGCCUGAGAAAGGAAGGAUCGACGAUCGCGACGAUCCGCCGAGUCAACUGAAAUCGUCGAGAUUGAACGCCAAAUUCAACACCGAAUUGAACAGCGCGUGCAACGGAGUUGGCUCGCUCACCGCUUCCAACAGCUAUUCCAAAGGGUUUAACGCUGUCGGUUUAACGCUGUCCAGCGGCAGCGUGUUCAACGAGGAGCCGAGGAAGUCGCCGAAUCCGAGCAGCGAGCAUCGACUCGCGUCCAAGAUCCCUGUCAACUUGCUGAUCGAAGAUCAGAUUGUGAAAAAGGCUUUGAAGGAGAAUCGUAGACAAUUGGAGAAGGUGAGCGACGCCAUCAAGGAGAUCGAGAACGUGAAGAACAGCGAGUCUUACUCGGAAAGCAAGACACGAUGGAUAAGAAGUGGCGACUCGAGGCAACCGUUGGCGAGGAAAAGCAGCCUCGAGAGCGAAUCGAACGAUCGUAGUAGCGCAAAGGCUGCCGUAGACCGAACUAGCGGAGCGAAGAGACAACAACAACACGACUCGGACUUUGAAUCGGACACGCCGUCGAAAACUAGUCCAGAAACAACGGACAUGGAAGGACGAAGAACCAACGGGUCGGAGGUCUAUGCGUCGGGCAAAAGAUUGAGACAAAACGGAGUUGUCGUCGAGGCUCACAAGAACGAUCAGAAACAGAUUGAAAAUGUGAUCGAUGCUAUUCUCGAGGAUUCGAAGAAUCCAGAUUUUCAGGUGAGCGUGGAGGUUCUCGAGUUUCCCCCGUUGCCACCGUCGCCCGUCGAGGAAGCGGACGAGGAAAGUUCCGACGUUGGUCAGACCGCCGCGAUCGUCCCAAAGACGAAAAAUCAUAGCAAUCGAACGAUGGAAUACAGGCCUAGGGUGCCACCGCAUCGCGCACCUGUUGCUAAUCACACCUCCUUCUCCGAUGCGAAGGAUCAACAACCAACGCCUCUCAAUACCAGAUCCAUGGACGCUGGAUUCUCUCGGGGUAAAAGAACACCUACCGUCACCAAUUCCAGACGAGAGCAAAUACCUGUAGAACGAAGGACUCUGCCUACGGACUUGCCUGGACCCUCGCGACGACGACCCUUUACCAAGAGACACUCGCCAUCGGCAGAGCCGUGUUCCUCUGUUGGAAAUGGCGGAUGUUCCGGCAACAACACUAGCGCCAACAACGGAGCCAACAACGGAGCUUGUAGCAGCAGCAGCAGUGCAGGAAUCACCGGUAACAUUGUGACCGGUACAAGCGGAAUGCAAACCUCUUGUUCGCUUCCAGAGACGCCUGUUUUCGCUCGGGGAAGCGACAUCCCGAGAACUCCUCAGCACGCUAGCAAUCCCACGCAGAUGCGUCGACAACCGGGUUGGUACGCGCCAACUACGGCUACCACCGGGUAUCGCAGGAAUAACCCGGGUCUGGAACAGGCAAUAAUCGGGACGGAGUUGUUGCGAUUAGCCGGUGGUCCGAAUCGCGGAUGGUACCCGACGAGGAAGGCGAAUCAACCGCGGCCAGCCUCGAUCGAGCAUCUCGAGCGGCUGAACAACGCGUACGAUCCACGGCUGGCGGGCUCCGGGGACCAAAGGAAACCGCUGACUCUGCCGACAAACAUCACACCGAACAAAUACUUCGGCCAAAGUAAGCACAGCUCCGCCUCCAGCACUCGCGAGGCGCUACGGAGGGUCACUAGCUUGCUCAUCAAGAAAGGUAAGCGCUGGAAUUUGCGCUAUUACAAGAGCCCACGAUCGUGAAACCAGCGAACCCACGUCGUCGCUGCGAUCGUCCGGCCUCUAGAAAACACGAUGCCUUCUCUCUCUUUCUUUCUCUAUCUCU